AUGAAUAAAAAUUAUAGUAUAGAGACAAUAGAUAGAUUAAUCAAUGGAAAAAAUGUCUUAAAAUUUAUAAAUUUUGAUGAUGAUGAUGAAGUUUAUAAUAGUUUUGAUAGAUUAGUAGUUCUAGUUUAUAAUCUUUUUAGAGAUAAAGAUAAUGAACAACACAGAAAUAUAACUUUAAUUGGAAAUAUUAAUGAUUAUAGUGAUGAGCUUGUACUUCCCGAUACAGUCGAUGCUCAAUAUCAAUUAAUAAUAAUAAGAUCAUAUACUUCAACGGAAUUAGAUGAAGAAGAUUCCAUACCUAUAUACACAAAAUUAUUAAACAAAUCGCAAUCAUACGCAAUCAAUAUUAGAGAAUGUCAAUUCGAACAACACCCAAACUUUUUCCAACAAUCUCAAAUCAUUAAUGAUAAUCGUUAUGAUUUAAUAUCAAUAUUUCCUAACUGUAAUGGUAUCAAUAAAGUAUAUUUGGUGUGUGGAGCUGAUCAAAGAUUGAUAUACUAUAAAGAUAAUCAAAAAUGUUAUGAAAGAGCUGAGAAUGAAAUCAAAGCAAUGGAAUUACUCAAAGAAAAUCCAAAUUUUGUUUUACUUAUUGACCAUCAUGAUGAUAAAGAGAACCAAAUCUUUCAUAUCAUCACUGAAUAUUGUGAUGGUGGUGAUCUUGCUCAAGAGUAUAAACUUUUAACUGAUCUAAAUCAAUUCUUUGAAGAAUCAGAUAUUAGUGAAUAUAUUUCACAACUUUUCAAUAUUCUUUUGGAACUUGAUAAUAAUGGAAUUGUUCAUUGUGAUAUCAAACCGUCAAACAUUUUCAUUCAUGAUGGUACUUUGACGCUGGGUGAUUUUGGAUGUUGUAAAUUCAUUGAUGAGUAUCAAGAUACACAAAAUCAGAAUAUUGAACAACCUAUUGUGAUAUCAAAUUUAAAAUUUAUCGAUAAUGAAAUUUCAGAACCAUCCAUUUUUGAUAUGGAUUCAAACACACUCCAAACAAAAGCAACACGUGGAACAAUUGGUUAUAUUUCUCCAGAAGCAAAGAAUAGACAAUAUGCACAAUCAUGUGACAUCUUUUCAAUUGGAUCUACAAUGCUCAAAUUAUUAUGUUGUCAUCAAGAUGAUAGAAAUAAUCAUGAAUUAUUCAAAUCAAAGGGUGAAAUUAUCAUUUCAGAAACCAGAUAUUCAAAACAAUUGAUUGAUUUUAUUCAUCUUUUGUUGGAUCAAAGCCCAAAGAAUAGAGAAUCAUUACAACAAUUAUUAAAUCUGUAUAUUGAAGCUAUCACAAAUCAAGAUUCAAUAACAUUUAAUGUAAAUACUCCAUUCCCAUAA